CAUCUGGCGACCCGCGACACUGUCUUGACGCGAGGGCUGGCUCGGGCUGGCUGGAGUUUUCUGCACGUGUUUCCUGUUUAUUCUUUUCUAUUUUACGUAUCAGGGCUAAAUUGUUUAAUAUUUAGGUAUUAAAUAUAAAGGCCGUUACAAUGGUUGUAACAGGUAAAAAGAAGUAUCAAAGUGGUGAGGGAGCGCAGUUUAUGACGAGGAGAGCUGCCCUCAGAAAAUUGCAAUUGACGCUAAAUGACUUUCGCAAAUUAUGCAUACUGAAAGGCAUAUAUCCACGGGAGCCACGCAACCGUAAAAGAGCGCAGAAGGGUGAAACUGGUAUCAAAACCUUAUAUCACAAGAAGGAUAUUCAAUUUUUGAUGCACGAACCGAUCAUAUGGAAAUUGAGAGAGUACAAGAUAUUUAACAGGAAAAUUGGACGUGCAAAGGCAAUGAGAGAUUUUGCCAAAGUAAAGAGAUAUUUGAGUAACCAUCCUACGUUAAAGAUCGAUCAUAUAGUCAAGGAGCGUUAUCCAACGUUCAUAGAUGCAUUGCGUGAUCUAGAUGACUGCCUGACUCUCUGCUUUUUAUUCAGCACAUUUCCAUCAUUGACUCAUGUACCGAGAGAUCAGUCAUUGUUGUGUAGGAGAUUAACAAUGGAAUUCCUUCAUGCCGUUAUUGCUGCGAAAGCUUUGCGUAAAGUGUUCAUAUCCAUCAAGGGCUAUUACUAUCAAGCGGAGAUAAAAGGGCAAAUGAUAACGUGGAUAGUGCCGCACCAUUUUUGUUUUGAACCUCAAGCGAAAAACGAGGUUGAUUUUAAGGUCAUGUCUACAUUUGUAGAAUUUUAUAUCGUGAUGCUUGGUUUUGUGAAUUACAGACUGUAUCAUAGUCUGAAUUUGCAUUAUCCUCCGAAAUUGACAAAUCCUGGAAAUAUUGAAAAAACACUGGUUGAUGAAGAAGCAUAUGUCUCUGAGAGAAUAAGCGCAUUAAACCUUCCGUUAGUUAAUUUAGAUCCUUCAGUACCAGCGAUCGAGGAUGAUAAUAUUGAAAUAGAUCAAUUUUCAAAUGAGACAGACGCUGCCAAAGUCGAAGCUGCUAAGACAGAAGCUGAAAAAGUACGGAAACUGAAAAAUUUAUUCAAAGGCAUAAAAGUUUUUAUUAAUAGGGAGAUCCCCAGGGAGCCGCUAGUAUUUAUCUUGCGUUGCUUCGGCGGAGAAGUAUCUUGGGAUAAAUUACUCUUUGUUGGAGCCACUUUUGACGAGAAUGAUGAAACAAUAACUCAUCAGAUUGUAGAUAGACCAAGCAUGAAUAAACAAUAUAUAUCGAGAUAUUAUGUACAGCCACAAUGGGUUUUCGACAGUGUGAACGCAAGAGAAUUAUUGCCCGUAGAAAAAUAUUUAAUGGGUACUGUACUUCCACCUCAUCUCUCGCCAUUUACAGAAGGUCGACAAGAUCAAACAUACAUUCCUCCGGAAGAGCGUGCUCUCAUGGACCCUGAUUAUAAACUAAACGAUCUGGAAGCAGAUUCAGAUGAAGAAGAUGAAGAUAAUGAUAAGAAUGAAAAUGAGGAAGAGAAAAUUGAAGCUGAGAACGAUUUGAGUUCAGGAAGCGAUCAGGAAAUGGAAGACGAAGAAGAGGACAACGAUGACGAUGUACAGAUUAAUGAGUAUAAAAAGAAAGAGAAAAUACAGAAUCAAGCUCAAUUACAAAAGAAAAGGAACAUGAAGGUACAAGCUGGUGAGAUCAUGAAGGAAAAUUCAUGGGAGAAAGCCCGACUGGAGAAGCAAGAGUACCGUCUCAGGGAGAAGAUGAUUAAGAAGAAACACCGUAAAUUGUAUAAGAGUAUGAUGAAAGGUCGAGAAGAAAGAGCUAAACAAAUCUGGCUCUUGCGAAAGAAGAGACGUGUCCACGAUAAUAAGGAGAAAGAGAAGCGAAAAGAGGAAAGAAAAGCAAACAGGAAUAAAUCUAUGAAAUAAAAUAACAAUGGAUUACUCAAAUGCAAAAUAAAAUACAUUCUUUACGUAUUUCGUAUCUCAUUUAAUAAUGAGUUUAAGACUAGCAGAAUAAGGUAUAUUCUUGUUAUAAUGCAUAUACACCUGACUUCGCCACGAUCCUGUUGGAAAUCGUGAUGUCAGAAGCGGGAAAUGACACGUUGAAAAUUCUUGUGCUUUAUAAAUAAAUAAUAAGAUAUCUGAAUUAAAAAAAA